AUGAAUAACAUUACAAUCAAUGAUAGAAUCCGUGGAUGCAUUAUUGGUGGGGCACUUGGAGAUGCAGUCGGUCUUGCCACCGAGUUUCUCGACGUCAAGACUUCAGAACAGUACUAUGGACGAAAUCCACGAUUCAAGUUGCGAGCUCCUGCACCCCCUGGAUACGUGACAAUGCAUAUGGACAGGCAUAGAGCCGCCUUCGAGGAAGCCGGGUGGACAGACGAUACAGACCAGUCGCUGUUGAUUUUAAUGGCGUUUCUGCACAACGGUGGAAUGUCCAAAGGCGUCGAUCCGCUUGAUUUUGCUGCGCGUUUGAAGCAUUGGAUCAGCUUCGGCUUUCGUCCUUUGGAUCGUCUGCCGCUUGGUGUGGGAAGAACAGUCGGUUCAGUGGUUCGUUCGUCAGACUAUCUAGAUGACCCUAUUGGGAGGUCGACAAAAAUCUGGGAAGAUGGCGGUAAAGUCAUGGCUGCGAACGGCGCGGUGAUGCGAACAGGAGUAGUUGGUGCACUCUUCUUCAAGGAUGCACAAAUUUUGUAUUCGACUGCGAUUAAUGUUGCUGCAACCACCCAUGCUGAUCCACGAUGCUUGGUAUCUUGUACAAUCGCUUCGGCACUAGUUGCCGGGAUCAUUCGUGACGAGGUGAAAAAUGACGAAGAUAUUCGACGCAUUAUCGAAGAGGCAAUUCAACAGAUACAGACGCGUGAAGUACCACUGUCUACAGAACAUCUAAACGAAUUGCGUGAUAUAGUGUGGAAAGAGACGAUAGCUGAGCUCGAAUUGGAUGAAAGAAGGUCUAUUGGCUAUACAUACAAAUGUUUAGCGUCCGGUGUCUGGGCCCUUCGUCAAGGCCUAAAGGCGAUCCAACAUCCUGGAGAAACGAACGGCGAUAUUUCAACAGUGUUUGAACGAGUGAUCACCGAUCUUACCAUGGCUGCUGGUGACAGCGACACAAAUUGCGCAGUGGCUGGCUCUAUUCUGGGCGCCCUUGUUGGGUAUUCACGGCUUACAAGCAGCUGGAUUCAGGACCUGAAGCAUCACGACUGGCUUGUUGCCAAAGCUGAUGCCGCCACCUAUCUCCUCAUUGGUGAAGGUGUUGAGUAUGAUCCGAGCGCAGACAAGGAUAAUCUAGUUGAUGGGGGCAAGGGAGAUAUGUCAAAAGAAGAACUGGAUGGUCGGUGGAAGGUGAUGAUCGAGACGCUUCAUCGCCGAUGCGGGGAUAUGGAGCUCCUGGAGAAGAUGGAGAAGAGCCGUAAGCAAGACGAGGAUGGAUGUAUUGUCUUGUAG